AUGAAGUAUGCCUUGAGUCGUUCUAGGUACCCUGAUCGUUACAACCGUGACAAAUCCAGCGAGAGAGAGCGCUCGCGGGAGCGUGGCGGCAAUCGUGAUCGCUACAAGGACAAACGUGACCGGCGCGACGACCGUCGGGAAGACAAGCGAGACAACUUCCGCCGUGAUGGCCGCGACCGGCGCGAUGACCAUGAUCAGCGCGACAAGCGUGACCGUGAUGACCGUCGUCAACACGUCAAUUUUGCCUCGGAGGUUGACGGCAACGCUGACACGUCCGACCAAGCCCUAGGCAGCGACGAGACUGAGGCUGACAUCGUCUGCUCCAUUAUCGACCGCCACCUCACUUCUAACAAGUGUCACCUAGCUCUGCCUACCGUGCAUCAGAAGAAGGCACACACCCGCCUCUGCACGCCAUUUAAGGCAACGCAAAUGGAAGGGUUCCGGAGCAUCUCACCACUGGACCCAGCCCGGCGGACUUGUGGGUAUUGCCGCAAGGUGUUUCCUUCCAGGAAUAAGCUCUUCCAGCACCUGAAGGUUUGCAAGGACGCCAAAUCUGGCAAAACGGCCCCCAAGGGUAGCCAAGAGCUGACCAAAAAAAUUGCCCAAAUCACCAACAUGGAGGACAACCCCGACACUGCAAAGCUUCGGGAAGACCUCAAGCCAGAGAUGAUAAGGCCCUGGGACGAACUUGACGACGACAUUGUAGCGUCCGCCACUCUCUCGCCUCCAGCAAAGGUCAAAUACACUAUCAGGGAAGCACCGCGAUCUAUCACGGAGGACAUUGACCGGAACUUAAGGUCUAGUCACACGCACUUACGCAUUCAAGUUAAGGCCAACCCUGAGGGGGACGACUUGGAACUGUGUGCGGACCCUGGUGCUUCAAGGUCGUUUAUCGCUAGAGGGUUCCUCAACAACCUAGAGCACUCAAUCGAGAAGCGUAAAGGUACAGCCGACGGCGAGGGAGGCCUGACAGGUAUGAAGGAAUGGGCGACUUUCUCAUUCUAUGUGCCUGGAGUGGACAAGCAGGGGAACAAUGUGAUGCUGAAGUUCACGAAGUCCGCAUGGGUCAUUGAGCGCUUGACGGCCAACGACUUUAUCAACCCACACGGGAGUGUCAUCGACUACGAGGAGCACCGGAUCCAUAUACGAUGCCUAGACUUCUCGUGCAAGUUCGAAGUGGUACCGCAAGCCAACCCUUGUGUUCGAAAAGUCACCGCCAGGCAGAAGGUUACCCUGCUACCAGGACAGAAAGCCUACGUGCCCGCCCGCUACCUUCCGUUGCCCAAGGGACGAAACUUCCUGUUCGAAGCCAAACAUGGAGCCGCCGUCAACGCUAUCAUGGACCACAAGACCCCGGCUGUGGUUGCGGUCCUCGGACACAUCAAAGAGAACCUACAGAGCGGGUUCUUCGCUUCCACUUGGUCCAAUGCUAUGAAAGCACUGACGGUAGGCGUCGCUCUCGCAUCUGCCAUUCCCACAGCAGCCGCAACGAGCACCCCGUCCGCGGCAGGCGACUUCGCCUACACGCCGAAAUCAAGCGUCAUAAUCGGACAUCCGUCGAUCAACACCGAGUUUAGCAUGGGGCCAAUGGUACGAGCAAUUGCGCAAGGAUACGCUCCCAGCCGAGACCCUGAGAACAACACCACGGCGUACCCGAAAGACACGCCUUCCAACUUCGGAACCAACUCUGCAACUCCCUUCUCCGAUACAGUGUUCAACCUUAUCCAGAAUCCGGCAAGCUACGCUGGGCAGUUCGAAGUCACCAUGCCUCCUAUGCCGGUCCCUGAGGAUCUGACGACCCCUAUACACACUUCGCCUACCGUUACGCAGUCGACGCAGCAGUCUGACUCUCCCAACGGUUGUUUCGAGUCACCGCAAGACAUCUUUUGUGAGGCGUACAAGCACCUUGAACCGGGAGGCUCCAUCGAAGUACACGACAUCGACUUUGUCCCUAGGUCGAUGCGAGGGACGGUGGACGGCACUCAUUUGCAAAGCUGUAUGCAACUGAUAUUACAGGCGGCAGAGUUGAACGGAAGGCCACUAAUUUGUGCCCAGAACUACGAAGGCUGGAUGAAGGGCGCUGGGUUCAUACAAACCAAGGUGUUCCCUUGGCCGCUGAACGGGUGGGCAAAGCCACCUCACAAGCGCAUUGGAUUGCUGAACGAGGAUAAUUUCUCCCAGUGGCUGGAAGGGCUUUGUAUGGCGCUUUUCACAAGAGUUCUUCACUGGACUGAGGAAGAGGUCCGAAUGUAUUGCGCGAAGGUGCAGAAGGAACUCUCAGAUCCAAAGAUGCUCGUCUAUUUCGAGGUGGUUGCUAUUCACGGUUAUGACGGGAAAUCUGGGGAAGUUGCCCUGUGUUUCAUGAUGUGGAAGUAUUGA